CAGACCUCACCCUUCUUUAAUUCCUUUCCCAUCACUCCCCCUCCCUCUAUAAAUUGUGACCCAAAACUACCACAUGAAUGUGAGCAAAAGCACCAUAUAGAACAACCCUUCCUCCUCUCUCUCUAGAAUGAUGAAGUGUUCUUCUUUUUCUGUCCUGAUCUUGGCACUAGUAGUGCUUGUAGGCAAUUUCUUACCUUGCUAUUCAGUGACUUGCAAUGUGUCAUAUCUAAGCCCAUGUAUUGGUGCAAUCUACAAGGCUCAGGCCCCUUCUCCCACCUGUUGCUCCAGGCUAAAGGAGCAGCAACCAUGCUUGUGCCAAUACAUUGCUAAUCCUCAAUUUCGUAGCAUUGUCAACUCUGAUAACGCAAAGAAGGUGGCCCAGACCUGCAAAUCUCCAUUUCCCAAGUGUUAAAUCACUGUUUAGUUUGAGGUUAAGGGAAUUUGAGAAUGUGCUUCUUAUGCAUGCAUGUAGUUCUUGCCUUGUAUGUAUCCAGUAAUCUAAGUUGUGUACCUGAUUAAAUAAAGCUUUAAAGCCCUCAUGGGGCUGAGGCUUUGUUAUGUGUGCUUCACUCCUUUACAAAUUUUCUUUCUUUUUCCUUUUCCCCGUUGUAGGAGAAUAAAUUUUAGUAAUAUAAGAGUCGCCAUUUUAAAUGGAAGGCAUGAGGAUUGUGUUGUUC